CCGUCGCUCAAGAGCCCUACCGGAGACCGUGGGAGGUGGGAGGAGAGCAGGAGAGACCCCGGAGCCGAUUAGACUGAUCGACGGGUGAAGGCCAUGCCGCCCCCUGGGAAAGUUCCUCGAAAGGAGAACCUGGGGCUACAGUGUGUGGGGUCCUGCUCCUUUGUGUUCUCAGCCAUGGAGGAGUUCUGCGAGCACGUCACUCAGCACCUGCAGUAGCACCUGCAGGGCUCUGGGGAGGAGGAGGAGGAGGAGGAGGACCCGCUGGAGGAAGAAUUCUCCUGCUUGUGGCAGGAGUGCGGCUUUUGUUCUCUGGACAGUUCUGCUGAUCUUGUGCGCCAUGUCUACUUCCACUGCUACCACACCAAGCUGAAACAGUGCGGGCUGCAGGCCCUGCAGAGCCAGGCCGACCUCAGCCCCUGCGUCCUGGACUUCCAGAGCCACAACCUCAUCCCUGACAUCCCUGACCACUUCCUGUGUCUGUGGGAACACUGUGAGAGCUCCUUCGACAAUCCCGAGUGGUUCUAUCGGCAUGUGGAAGUGCACAGCCUAUGCUGUGAAUACCAGGCAGUCGGCAAGGACAACCACUUGGUGUUGUGUGGCUGGAAAGGCUGUACGUGCACCUUCAAGGACCACUUUAAGCUUCGAGAGCACCUCCGUAGCCAUACCCAGGAGAAGGUGGUGGCCUGCCCCACCUGCGGGGGCAUGUUUACCAACAACACCAAGUUCUUAGAUCACAUCCGUUGCCAGACCUCAUUGGAUCCUCUUAUCUCACAACACUUCCAGUGCUCUCACUGUUCCAAGAGAUUUGCCACGGAGCAGCUGCUGCGGGACCACAUGCGUAACCAUGUGAACCACUACAAGUGCCCUCUCUGCGACAUGACCUGCCCACUGCCAUCCUCCCUCCGAAACCACAUGCGCUUUCGCCACAGCGAGGACCGGCCCUUUAAAUGUGACUAUUGUGACUACAGCUGCAAGAAUCUGAUCGACCUCGGAAGGAAGCACCUGGAUACCCAUAGCAAAGAGCCAGCCUACAGGUGUGAUUUCGAGAACUGCACCUUCAGUGCCCGGUCGCUCUGCUCUAUCAAGUCCCAUUACCGAAAAGUGCAUGAAGGAGACUCAGAGCCGAGGUACAGAUGCCACGUGUGUGACAAAUGCUUCACGAGGGGUAAUAACCUCACCGUGCACCUUCGCAAGAAACACCAGUUCAAGUGGCCCUCAGGGCACCCCCGUUUUCGGUACAAGGAGCAUGAAGACGGCUACAUGCGGCUGCAGCUGGUUCACUAUGAGAGUGUAGAGCUGACACAGCAACUGCUGCAGCAGCCGCCAGAGGGAUCGGGCCUGGGAGCAUCACUGAAUGAGAGCAGCCUGCAGGGCAUCAUUCUAGAAACAGUGUCAGGGGAGCCAGGACUCCAGGAAGAGGCUGAAGAGGAAGAGGAAGGUGGGGGUGGUGAGGGGACAGCCCUCUCGGCCUCUCAGGACACUUCUAGCCCUGUCAUCCACGUGGUGAAUCAGACCAGCGCCCAAGGCGAGCGAGAGAUUGUCUACUAUGUGCUGUCCGAAGCCCCGGGAGAGCCACCUCCAGCCUCUGAGCCCCCCUCCGGGGGCGUCAUGGAAGAGCUUCAAGGAGUAGCCGAGGGGCCAGAAGUCCAGAUGGUGUGA